CACCGAGGAACUUUGAUGGCUUUGCAAUUUUAUUGUAAUGGAAAUAGAAUUCACUAAAAAUGGCAACCAAACCUCUAAAGGCAACUUCUAAUUUAAAAAUGAAAUCUAAAGGCAAUAAUAUAAAAGAGGAGAAAGAGAAAGUAAUGGAAUUGGCUGCGAAAAUUGAUGAAACUGACGAAAUGAAAUUGAAAAUGUUAGCCGGGUUAAAUAAACCGGAUCCGGAUGAUGCUAUUUAUCCAGCAGAGCUGAAUGCUCAUUUAAUUGAACAACUAAAGAUAAUGACGAGUGAAAAUAACGAAUUGCGUAAAUGCGUAUUUACGAAAGAUGAAGUAAUUAAGGAACUGAAUAAGACGAUCACAGUUCUUAACCAACGAAUUCGUGAUAUCAUUUCUGGCUCUGGACCCGCGAUAUCAUCAAAAUCUGCGGGUGUUAUAAGCGCCAAAAUCGCGGGACUGUGCAAACAAAACCGACACUUAAUUGCCGAAAUAGAGAGUUACAAGACUAAAAACGCAUCACUUGAGAGAAAAAUAAUGCAACUGGAUCUUUUAAAUAAGGAAAAUGAAAAACUGGAAGCAUGCCUUUGCAAAGAAGAACCAGUUGAUAUAAACUCUGAUGAACUGAAGGAUUUGAACAACAAACUUUCUGUUGUCAAUAAAAAGUUAUAUGAGAGUAAAAACAAAAAUCUUGAAUUGAAGAAUGAUAUCCUAAUAGCAACAAAAAUUUUACAACAAGAGCUUGGUGACAAAUUCACAAAUAUCAAAGAUUUACAAAAUGAUAUUGCAGGUUGGAAAGGUAGAGCACAGCAAAUUGUUCUUUUGCAAGCAAAAGUUAGUGAGCUUGAAGAAAAACUUAACGGAAAGCAAAAAGACCCAGCGCAAAUGAAGUGGAAGGAUCAAAAUCAACUUAUACGUGAAUUAGAAAUGAAAAGAAAAAAAGAAGCAGAUCAAGCCUUGAAAGAUUUGGAGCUACUAAAAGAAGAGAAUCAGGAAUUGAAAAAGAAAUUAGACGGCGCUCGUUGUAGAAUAAGAAAUCUCGAAUGCGAUGCCACACUCAUAAGGCAGAAAAUGCAAACAUUUGUUGAGAAGAGUAAUCAUGACGAUCUUCUUAUAAAUGAACAAAGGAAUCAAAUAAAAAAUUUGGAAAUUUAUUAUCAAGAAAUCCUCAGAGAAAAUACAGCCAAAAUGAAUAAAAUGAAUAGUGAAGUUUGUGAAUAUAAAAAACUUAUCAAAAACACCGAUGCCAAAAUUGACGCUUUAAGACAGCAAGCUUCGGAAAAGAUGACAAAGAUAGAAGAGUUGAGAGCCCAGCUUUUGAGAUAUGAGGAAUGCUCAUUGCAAAGUGUGUUUUUUACUCCAAUGAAGACAGCAACUGAUAACGAAAUCAAGAAAUUAUCAGAAUUAGUAAUUACGUUGAAUGAGAGAUUAGAUGCUGAACGUCAUAAAUGGGAAGAGUUAGAUUCAUCGCAUAGAAAAGUUAAAGAAAGAAAGAAGCGACUAGAAAAGCGCUUAGCAGCACUGGAAGAUGAAUUGAAAGUUUUGAAAGAAACUUGUAAAAGAGGGUCAAAAGCAUCAAAAACUGGACUAGUCAGGGAUCAGAAUUUCUACAAUGAUCUACUUGGAGCAAAUUCUGUAACGAAAAAACCUUCGUUUACGUCUGCAAUUGAAAAACCAAGUACUACAUCGUCGGAAACUGCUACUGGUGAAGGGUGCGAAAAUUUAGAGAAAGAUGAACUUAAAUACAAGCUAGAACUAGCGGAAGAAAAGCUUAAAAUAAUGGAAGACAAAUUAAAAAUGAUUGAAGAAGAAAAACAAGACGAUUAUAACAAUUUGACAGAAAUGAUACAGACUUCGAAAAAACUUUUCAAUGAAGCUUUAGCGGUUUUAAGACGUGACAAAUGCCAGUGUUUUUCGUAACUUUAAAUUGAAUUAGGUCUGUAUCUCAUUAAAUUAUUUG